GGCAGUGUCUUUUCCUCCCCCUUUUUUGCGGAGUGAAUAAGAAGGGAACCCAGAGACAGAGAGACUUGGAGUCGAAAAGACGCUCAUCCAGCCCUGCAAUGCCCAGUAGUACCCCAAGCACCAACGGAAUCAUGCCUGAAGUAAAGAAAGCAGGAAGAAAAGGGUCGAGAGCAGAAGCAAAUCCUGCAGAAGAGGCACCACCAUAUGACCCCAACAUCACCGAGCCCGAUACUAGAGCUGAGCUGAUCAAAUACUGGAUCAGUCUCUCUCUGGAUGACCGAACUGCUCAGAAAAUGUUGUGGCUCUCAGAAGGUGGAGCCAAAGUGUCACGUAUGUCAGAGGAAGUGUGUCCUGUUCUAGACAGGCCAGAGAGAUAUGAACAUUCACCACAGGUGCUGUGUAAGGAGGGUCUUCUGGGCAGUCGUGGGUACUGGGAGGUGGACUGCGAGGGCUGGGUGGUGAUUGGGGCAGCGUGUGAAAGUGCAGGGCGGAAAGCUAAGGAUGGCCCAUGUGGUCUGGGAGAGAAUGACCUGUCAUGGGGUGUGGGCUGGGCCGGAUCCUGCUACCACGUCUGGCAUAACGGAGAGAACAUCGAAUUCCAAGCUCCCCUCUGUCCCACCAUCGGCAUCUACGCUGACCAGCCAGCUGGCAUCAUAAAAUUUUUCCUUGUUGAAGAUGGAGAGAACGGCUCCAAGGAGACCAGACUGAUUCAUCGCUUUGUGUCCAGUUUCAAGGAGAAACUCUUCCCUGGUUUCUGGGUGGGAAGGAACUCCUACUGCUGGAUCCGAAAGAAGGAUCAGUAGGGGUGUGAAUACAUCAAGAGAAAGAGGGGUUGGAAGGAAACAGGGUAAGGGUGAUAUAAGAAAGAGGACAGGAGACUUUGGGAGAGUCAUUGGUAGGGAGUUAGAUGCAAAACUUAUCUAACCACAACAAAA